AUGUCUGAACCGUUGGAAGUCCAUGAUCCAGCUACAUUGAUUCAUCAGUUUAUUGCACUGACUACUAUAGAAGAUGGAUCAAACACUGCCAAUGAAUUUACCUUGAUCUUGGGUGAAUUGAUAACCGAAGGCAAAAUGUCAUUACUUGAAUUCAUUCAAUUAUUGGGUCCAACUUUAACCUCAGAUAAAGAUAGUGUUAGAAGCAAAGCCGUCCACUGUCUAAGCUCAACAUUGACUAAUUUGGAACCCAAUACUGCUACAAUUACUAUGAAAGAUGUCAAUGUUUUAAUUGACUUUUUGCUUUCCAAGUUUGAUGAUAAUCCCAGUUUACAAUAUUGCUUGCGCUUGAUUGAUUCCUUGAUAGUGUCGAAGAAUUUCAAGCCAUCUGCCAACGAUAAUUUGCAAAAAAUCUUACAACGGUUGAAUAAACAAUAUUAUACUCCAAGAUCUCAUUUGGCCAAAGUAAGAUAUUAUGCCUUCAAAGUUCUUCAGUCGUUAUUAUUGAACCAUAAAGAUUAUAUAACCAUCAAUCAUUACCAGCUAUUCACGGAAACUUUUAUCCAUGUUGCUACUGGAGAAAAAGACCCUAGAAACUUGUUAAUAUCAUUCCAAUUGAACUCCAUGAUCAACAAAUCUUUUAGUCAGUUGGACCCAACUCUUGUCGAACAAUUGUUUGAUGUCUGUUUCUGUUACUUCCCCAUUACUUUCACUCCUCCUCCCAAUGAUCCUUAUGGUAUUACCUCUGAACAGUUAAAGACUGGCUUGCGUAAUGCUAUAGCCUCUCAAUCAUUAUAUGCCAAAGAUCUGUUUCCUAGUUUAUUUGAAAAGUUAACGUCUACAAAUCCUACUAUUAGAAAUGACGUCUUGAUAACUUUAUUGGAAUGUAUUGAGAGUUAUUCACAAGAAACAAUUGUACAAUAUUGGCUUUCUAUUUGGAACGCAGUUAAGUUUGAAAUCUUGCAUAAUGAAGUUACCACUCAAUUGAAGCCAAAUGAAGAUUAUCUUAUCCCACCCAAUUAUAUUACUCAAUAUGGUGAUGAUUCCGAAGAAAAGACUCUUUUAUUAGUCUUGGAUUUAUUCACUAAGAUCUUGGAUAAAUUUGAAGAUAAUUAUGACGCUUUGAAAAGUUACCUUGAUAUUGUCAUUACUGAACUAACCCCUAAAUUGAAAGGAUUAAAAGAAAAGUCAUACAAACAUUCCAUUAUUAUUUUGUCGGUUCUUGCUUCUUGCAACGAAUCAAGUUUCCUAACCAUUUCUAAAUUCUUAUUUAGUACCGAUAUUUGGGGGAAGUACAUUGAUAAUGAAACUAUCACAACAAUUGAGCACCAAAAUGAACCUUUGAAUACUUCCAAACAAAGAGAUUUAAUUGAUAGUUUUGGAUAUAUGUUCAUUGCCUAUGAUAUAUUGGCAUCAAAUACAAAUUUGGACGAUAGUUUUACUCAAACAAACAGUUUAUUUACUCAUAAAGAUCAUUUGUUGAUCUUUAUGGGUCAAUUAUUGCAGUCAUCUUCACUUUUGGAAAAGACAUUGAAGUGUAAGUUAAUCCAACAAUUGACCAAAUUGAUCAGAUUACCUGAAUAUUUGAAUCCACGGGAAGACUUACUCGUUAUUACUUAUUUUAACGAUAAUUUGAUAAGCACAAUUGAUCAAGAAAAGACAUCGUGGGAUACAGAUAUUGUUUUAAGAGAAAUUGUUUUGAAUAUGAAGAAACUUAGUAACAAUGACGUAAUCAUCUCCAUGUUUAUUGAACAAUGUCUUCCUAAUAUAUUGAAUCAUUUAACUGCCGAUUUCCCCUCGUACCCUAAGAUUUUAAAUUUAUUGAGUGAAUUGGUAUUCAAUUAUAGAAUGUUGGAAACGUUAUCUAUUAGAUUAUUGGGGAGAUUAACUGAUGCUUCUACCUUUGCAGGUGAGUCUCAAUUUGGCAAACUAAUCAUUGAUACCCUUGUUAAGCUGAUUAUUAAUUCUCCAGAAAGUAUAUUAAAGGUUAAUUUUGAAUCUUGGUACAAAAACUUUAUACCACGUUUCCUAACCUCUAUUGUUAACCAUAAUAUUGAUUCUAUGGAUUAUGGUACUAUUGAGGCAUGUGGUGAGUUUUUGGGUUUAGUGAUAAGAUUAACCCAUAAACUGAAACAUCAAUUCAUCAUAAAUGAUUACAUGACAAGAUAUCAUGGCACUAGUUUUGAGUCGAUGAACAAGGCUAUCAUUAUUUCCAACAGAGUAUUGAGCAACAUUGAUAAGUCAGUUGAUUAUUCACCUGACUACACCAGUAUCAUUGGACUUCUUCAGCAACGUAAUGGAGAUGAGUAUUUGAGAUUAAGCUACUUACAAACAUUGGCAAUCAUCAUGAAUAAGUUUACAAAGGGUAUUGAUGAAGAAUACCUUGAAGAAUUAUACGGAAAUUUAACACUGAUUAAGCAAGUUGAAUUAUUUGCUUGGGUUAUUAAAGGAUUGGUAAUGAAGUUGGAUCCCUUGGGGGUAAAGUUUUUGUUAAAACUUGUUACGAAAUUAAAAGAAGAAUCAUCACCAGUGGCUAAGGCAUUCAAUAUUAUUUAUAUUGAUUUACCCAAUUUUAUUCCAUUUCAUUUCCCCAAUUACAGCAAUGGCAGUGGACCAAUAAAUGAUGUUCGUAACUUGAACGUCAAACCACUUUACAAGCAAUUUACAUUUGAGCAAAUACUUCCCGAAUUAAUUGAAGGGUACACUUCAACAAGAAACACAACUUAUUUAGUUGCAUUGUCAUUGGUAUUGAACAAUUUACCUAGUUCUAUUUAUCAACCUCAUUUGAAACAAAUUCUUCCCUUAAUUAUGAAUAGUCUUGUGUUGAAUAGUCCCAUGUUGAUCAAAGCAUCUUUAAUGACUUUAGAAAUGAUAAUUGCUGAGGAUUCCUUGGUCAUGGACCAAUUAGAUACCAUUGUUCCUCGAUUACUUUCAUUAUCAUUGAGUGGAUCUGCAGAAACCAGAACAUUAAGUUUGAAAUGCAUUUAUAAUUUAUUCAAUGGGUUUCAGCCUCGGGAGAAAUUAUUCAAAUAUAAACAACAAACAUUAACCCAACUAAUUCCAGUAUUAGAUGAUCGAAAGAGACAUAUCCGAAAGAUUGCUUGUGAUAUUCGUCAAGAAUUAUAUGAGAUGGAUGUCUAA